UACACAAACAAGGCCAAACAUUGCCCCACCACCAUUUCCCAACUAGAGAUCUUAUCACGAAGCAUCAAUCAAUUCAGUUGUACCAAAUUCCUAUGCACCUCACAACCUAUACUCUCUCUUCCAAUGCCAUAGAAAUCGAUCUCUUCAACUUAAUUCCCAAUAUUUGUCUUCAAAAAUCUGUUAAAGCUAAGAGUUGCGUUGUUUGGGAGGGCCGGGAGAGAUUAUAUGGAGACGAGAUUUAGCCCAUUUACUCUUCCCGGCCUACCCUCUGACACCGGGAGCAGUUGCCGGAAAAACCAGCCGGAAACCUCACACCAAGAAGAAGAAGAAGAAAGUGGUAUGUCGUCGUCGUCGUCGUCUCUGAACUUGCGUAACCUGUCGAAGCUCAUUCUUCCGCCGUUGGGUGGUUCUGGUUCUAAUCAGAAUCAAAUACAGUCAAAAGGGUGGAUCAUCUCGCCCAUGGACUCAAGAUAUAGGUGCUGGGAGACAUUUAUGGUGGUUUUAGUAGCUUACUCUGCAUGGGUUUACCCGUUUGAGGUGGCAUUUCUGAAUGGCUCUCCAAAGGCCAAACUCUGGAUUGCAGACAAUAUUGUGGAUGUGUUUUUUGCGAUCGACAUCGCCUUGACGUUCUCGGUGGCCUACAUCGAUCCAAGAACUCAGCUUCUGGUUCGCGACUCUAGAAAGAUCGCCCUCAGGUACCUGUCAACAUGGUUCUUGAUGGAUUUUGCAUCAACAGUCCCAUUUGAAGGUGUAGGAUACCUUUUGAGAGGCAAACGAGAAAUGGGUCUCUCUUACUCCAUCUUGGGCCUGCUCAGAUUUUGGAGAGUCCGACGGGUCAAGCAACUCUUCACCAGGCUUGAGAAGGAUAUCAGGUUCAGUUAUUUCUGUGUAAGGUGUGCUAGGCUACUCUCUGUGACGUUGUUUACGGUGCAUUGUGCCGGGUGCCUCUACUACUUGCUAGCGGACCGGUACCCUCACCAAGGAAAGACAUGGAUCGGAGCUGUGAUCCCGAAUUUUAGAGAAACAAGCCUUUGGGUACGAUACGUUUCUGCCAUGUAUUGGUCCAUUACCACCAUGACCACAGUUGGCUAUGGAGACCUCCAUGCAGUGAACACCAUGGAAAUGAUCUUCAUCAUCUUCUACAUGCUUUUCAACCUUGGCCUAACAGCUUACUUAAUCGGCAACAUGACCAAUUUAGUCGUUGAAGGAACUCGCCGUACUAUGGAAUUUCGAAAUAGCAUUGAAGCAGCAUCAAAUUUUGUAUGCCGAAAUCAGCUGCCUCCAAGGUUGAAAGAACAAAUAUUGGCUUAUAUGUGCUUGAGGUUCAAGGCUGAUAGCCUGAACCAGCUACAGCUGAUUGAUCAACUACCAAAGUCCAUCUGUAAAAGCAUUUGCCAGCAUUUGUUUAUGCCAACCGUCAAGAAUGUCUAUCUUUUUAAGGGCCUUUCCCCCGAAGUUCUCUUAAUCUUGGUUGCGAAGAUGAAGGCGGAGUACAUACCACCUAGAGAGGAUGUUAUAAUGCAAAAUGAAGCAGCGGACGAUGUUUACAUCAUUGUGUCGGGUGAAAUUGAAAUCAUUUAUUGUGAGGUGGAUCACAAAGAACAAGUUCUGGGAACUUUGCAUUCUGAAGACAUUUUCGGAGAAGUUGGUGCACUUUGUUGUAGACCUGAAGGCUAUACGUAUCGAACCAAAAAGCUUUCACAACUCUUGAGGCUCAACACCACCGCUCUAAUGGAAGCAAAGCAGACCCAUCAACAAGACUAUAAGAAAAUGCUCAAAAACUUCCUUCAGCAUCACAAAAAGCUAAAGGAUCUGCAUAGUGGAGAUUUGAUGGGGGAGAUCAGUGAGGAAGAAGAGAGUGAUUCAAACAUGGGUUCCAACCUGCUGGCUGUUGCUAGUACAGGAAAUGCUGCUUCCCUUGAUGAGCUUCUCAAGAAGAGAUUGGAUCCUGAUAUUGGAGAUUCUAAAGGAAGAACCCCAUUGCAUAUAGCAGCAUCAAAAGGGCAUGAAGAGUGUGUUUCGAUACUGCUUAAGCAUGGAUGUAAUAUACACUUACGAGACAUAAAUGGCGACACUGCUUUAUGGAAUAGUAUAGCAUCAAAACACCAUUCCAUAUUCUGGAUCCUCUACAACGAUGCCACCCAAUGCGAUCCAUACAUAGUCGGUGAUCUUCUGUGCACUGCUGCAAAAAGAGACGACAUAUCGGUGAUGAAGGAAUUACUGAAACAAGGGCUAGAUGUUGACUCCAAGGAUCGCAACGGGUUAACAGCAAUCCAGAUUGCGAUGGCUAAUAACAACGUUGACAUGGUGAAUCUUCUGUUGUUGAACGGUGCAGAUAUUGUCAAUGCAAAAAUUUACGAGUUUCCUCCGGCAAUAUUGAAUGAAAUCUUGCAAAGAAGAGAGGUUGGUCACCGGAUUAUGGUAGCCGAUACCAAAAUAAAUGACGUGCUUUUGGCGAGGCACGACAAGUGGAGAGACUUCGGUGGAGUUGUUUGUCCAAGGGUGAGCAUUUACAGAGGCAAUCCAGUUGUGAGGAGAGAGACUGGCUACAUGGAAGCUGGGAGACUAAUUAGGUUGCCAGGUUCCCUAGAGGAGCUCAAGAAUAUUGCAGGUCAAAAGUUUGGGUUUGAUGCAAGAAAUGCUGCAGUAACAGAUGAACAAGGAGCAGAAAUUGACUCUAUUGAUGUCAUUAGAGAUAAUGAUAAAAUUUUCAUAGUUGAAGAUCCAAAUUCUAUAAUGUAAUAAAAAACUUAUACAUAAGAUUAUGUGGGUUAGAAAAUAGGCUGUCAAGUAUUUUCUAUCCCUCACUUCCAGAAGGAAAGCUCUAGCCUGAAAGAAAAGUGUAUGUUUUAGUAGGAAUGCUCAUGACAUGCAUAUUCAUACAAAUAUCUCUUGUUUUCCCCCAUUUUUCUUUCAAUUAUAUAGAUUGCAAUUCAGUAGUG